UAGAUCCCCGAAACAGAACUACGAAAAGGAGUGUCCCGGUACCGAAGAACGACGUAGCUGAAACGUUGUCAUCUGUCGAGGGAAACCAAGAAAAACCUCUCUGCGUCGCUCGAGUAAGGCCCCCAAUGCCGUGAUUGCUACUUCCACUCAGCUCUUGACUCCAUAAUUUCAACCCAAGAUUGCAAUCUUUCUGCAGAUCUCUCCCCUUCUCUCAUCACCGGUCCCCCGAUCUGUAUCACAUUCUCGCCCCACUCAAAAGCGAUAGCUCUUCGUUUUCUCCCAUAAACUCUGUUGGGAAUUCGGAAGAGCAAUGAGGCGAAGAGCCGCGGAUUUCCGGAGACCCGUGAGGAGGCGGUGGCCCAACGUGGUGUGGUGGACAUUGUGCGGCAUUCUUGUCCUGCUCUUCAUCGUGAUUCUGAGCAAGGACAGUCAAAUCGAAACCAGACCUUCCGUGUCCAAGAGAUAUUACCAGCGUGAUAAAAUCAUGGAAGGUCUUAACAUUACCGAUGAAAUGUUGAGCCCUAAUUCCGUCACAAGACAAAUCAGUGAUCAGAUAUCUCUGGCAAAAUCUUUCGUUGUGAUAGCAAAAGAAAGUAACAAUCUGCAGUUUGCUUGGGAAUUGAGUGCUCAGAUUCGUAAUUCACAGGUCCUCCUCUCUAAUGCUGCAACUAGACGAGCUCCCCUGACGGUUAAAGAAUCAGAAACCUCAAUCCGCAACAUGGCCUUGUUGCUUUUUCAAGCCCAACAACUUCACUAUGACAGUGCAACCAUGAUCAUGAGACUUAAAGCUAGAAUCCAAGCUCUUGAAGAACAGAUGGGUUCGGUAAGUGAAAAGAGCUCAAAGUAUGGCCAGAUUGCUGCAGAAGAAAUACCGAAAAGCUUAUACUGCCUGGGAGUUAGGUUAACAACUGAAUGGUUCAAAAGACCAAACUUACAAAAGCUCGAUGAAGGACGUAAGAUGGAUGCAAAACUCACAGAUAGCAAUCUCUUCCAUUUCUGCGUGUUUUCCGACAAUAUCCUUGCGACUUCAGUUGUGGUGAACUCAACCUCUAUAAAUUCGAAAAAUCCCGAUAAGAUUGUCUUCCAUCUUGUAACCGAUGAGAUAAAUUAUGCACCUAUGAAGGCAUGGUUCAGUAUGAAUGAUUUUCGAGGAGUCACUGUUGAUGUCCAGAAAUUUGAAGACUUCAGCUGGUUAAAUGCUUCUUAUGUUCCUGUUCUAAAGCAGCUCCAGGACUCUGAAACUCAAAGCUAUUACUUCUCUGGCGGUAAUGAUGGGAGCAAGACACCCAUCAAGUUUCGGAACCCUAAGUACCUAUCCAUGCUUAACCAUUUAAGGUUCUAUAUCCCAGAGGUAUUUCCAGCACUGAAGAAAGUCGUUUUUCUGGACGACGAUGUUGUGGUGCAGAAAGAUCUGUCUGGACUUUUCUCCAUUGAUUUGAAUGGCAAUGUCAAUGGAGCUGUAGAAACAUGCAUGGAAACAUUUCAUAGGUACCAUAAGUAUCUAAAUUACUCCCACCCUCUCAUACGAGAAAACUUUGAUCCUGACGCGUGUGGAUGGGCAUUUGGGAUGAAUGUGUUUGAUUUGGUGGAAUGGAGGCAGAGGAAUGUUACAGGUAUCUACCAUUAUUGGCAGGAAAACAAUGUGGAUCGGACAUUGUGGAAACUCGGGACUCUCCCACCCGGGUUGUUAACUUUCUAUGGGCUUACCGAGCCCUUGGAUCCCUCGUGGCAUGUGUUGGGGCUUGGCUAUACAAAUGUGAAUCCUCAGUUGAUAGAGAAGGGGGCUGUCUUGCACUAUAACGGCAACUCAAAGCCGUGGUUGAAGAUUGGGAUGGAAAAGUACAAGCCUCUUUGGGAAAAGUACGUCGAUUACACUCACCCUCUAUUAGAACAGUGCAAUUUCCGCUGAUUGUCGAUGAUUUCUUCCAUCAUGUGACGGUGCUUUUCAGGGACAGAGUAAGGUCGAAUACUCUAUCAGCAUUAUCAUUUUAGCUUGGCUGAUGGUAGUUGUGUAUCAUGGCUCAGAUUUAUAGUUUUUGCUCUCAGUGUAGAUCAGUCUACUUCUGUAUGACCACGCGAAGGCCUAGUUUUUGUAUGUUUACGAGGCAGAUUGAGAUGUAAACCGCAAGUACAGACCUGUUAGCUUCAUUCUUUCAAUUGCUGUCUACUUCCCUUGUAUCAUGCUUGUUCUGUUUAAGUUCAGCACAUUGUAUUUAGAGAUCUCAAACUUUCCGCCGAUUUGCUGAUCGAAAUGUCUUCACCCUACCAAAUUGCAGUGAGCCUGUAUAAUACAAAGGUUGAUAACUUUCUAC